UAUUCAAGCUAAAAUGGACUAAAAUGAUUGGACCAUUAACUUUUAACGUACUUGUUCAACUGUGCCAAUGUGCCAAACCGGGUUGACACUAAACUAGUUAUUAAGGCGGUAUGAGUUGGUGGAUUGGUGGUUGAAUCCUUAAUCCAACCCACAAGGGAUGACAAACGAAACUGAUUAUUAAAUAUUUUGACUUGGACUGAUUAUGAACCCAAAACUGUUUGGGCCCAUUCAAUUGCAGGCCCAAAGUUGGCCCCUCCAAUUGGCAGAUUCGAUCCAGCUUAAGACUGUAGACUGUAGUAGUGAAUCGAUCCGAAGUGGACUCCGGCGAUGGAAACUGCAUCGUAGCGUCGCCACGUGGAAGAUUCCCUCGUCAGCAGGCAAAGGAGCCAAAUUCCAAUCGCAAACAAACGACGGAAAGGCCCGGACUAAUGACACCAAUUUCUCCGUUCAAAAUCGCUACUAGUCGAAUAGUUCAGUCACUAAACAACCCUCCUGGCCGGCGGAUUCCUUGGCCAAUUCAUCAUCCAUGGCUUCCGCCUCCACCUGCGCUACGCCGCCGUUGCGUCGUUGCCCUUUCUUCUCCCCACCGACGUCGUCAACCUCUCCAUGCCGCCGCCUGCUCCUAUUCCCAAUCCCACCUUCCGGCCGCAACUUCUUCACCAUUUCAGCACUAAUCGACGAAUCUCCAAGCGCCAGCAGGACGGUGGCAUUCUUCUCUCAUCCGGCACGGCGGGAGAGGAGGCGACGUGUACCUGCGAAAGUGUUUUCGCAGCUGGGGUAUCCGAUUAUUUCCCCCGACGACCACUGGGGAACAUGGACGGCGCUCUUCGGGGCCGGAGCUUUCGGCGUCUGGUCCGAGAAGACGAAGCUGGGGAACAUGGUGAGCGCGGCGUUAGUGAGCACGUUGGUAGGGCUUGCGGGGAGCAAUUUGGGGAUAAUCCCUCAUGAAGCGAAAGCGUAUUCAAUCGUGCUGGAGUUUCUGCUUCCAAUUACGAUUCCCCUGUUGCUGUUCAGAGCAGACUUGCGGAGUGUGAUUCAAUCUACUGGGAAACUGCUAUUGGCUUUCCUUCUUGGUUCAGCGGCCACUGUUAUUGGAACUAUAGUGGCUUUUCUGCUGGUGCCUAUGAGAUCACUUGGCCAGGACAACUGGAAGAUAGCUUCUGCUUUGAUGGGGAGUUACAUUGGUGGAGCUGUUAAUUAUGUUGCAGUUUCAGAAGCUCUGGGGACUUCCCCGUCUGUUGUGGCAGCAGGAAUAGCUGCGGACAAUGUGCUUACUGCUAUAUACUUCAUGGUUCUAUUUGCAAUGGCUGCUAAAAUACCGCGUGAGCCAUCAAUGUCAACUAAUGAGGUUGAAGGGACUGCCAAAUCGGAUUCUGAAGCAAAGACGACUGUGCUACAGAUGGCUACAGCUAUUGCCAUCUCUAUCUCCAUAUGCAAGGCUGCAACAUUUCUCACCCAGUCAUUCAAGAUCCAAGGAGGCACUCUCCCAGCUGUGACAGCUCUUGUUGUCAUCCUAGCAACAGCUUUUCCUGAUCAAUUCAGUUCUCUAGCCCCUGCUGGCGAUACCCUUGCUGUAGUUCUGAUGCAGGUGUUCUUCGCCGUGGUGGGAGCUGGUGGGAGCAUAAUGAAUGUCAUCAACACAGCACCUAGCAUAUUCCUUUUUGCUCUGAUUCAAGUAACGGUCCAUCUUGCUGUGGUUCUGGGUUUGGGAAAGCUGUUCCGGUUCGACCUGAAGCUAUUACUUCUAGCGUCCAAUGCCAACGUUGGAGGCCCUACGACGGCUUGUGGGAUGGCAACAGCUAAAGGAUGGAGUUCCCUGGUCGUCCCUGCGAUCCUCGCAGGCAUCUUUGGUGUCUCUAUCGCAACGUUUCUUGGCAUUGGGUUCGGCAUGAUGGUCCUCAGACACUUGUGAUCAUCAGAUUUCAACAGUAUAGAGGAAACCUAAAUUCUUUUUCUUGGUUUCCUGCAUUUCCUUAGAGCAAAGCAUAUUCUGUUGCUCAUUGGAUGCUCGUGAAUAGAAUAUGGUUGCUUGCUGGAAAGUCCUCUUCUGGCAAAGUCAACUGCUUGUACUUUGUUUUUAUCAGGUCAACUGUACUUUCAUUAUUUGCCCAACUGUACUGCUUUUCUUAGCAGUCAGUGAUUACUGUACUGGCAGUAACAUACAAUGUUAGGAGGAGACUGAAUACUGUUUGAUAAUUCCGACGAGGGUUUAUGUCGUGGUGGUAAUGUUACGAACUUAAUAGAUCAUCGAAUGAAGUACAGUAUGCUAC